AAACACGGCAUCAGAUGACCGGGACACUGCAGCGAAGAAGAAGUUUCCUUCCGAGGUCAACUGUUGCUUGUUUGACGGACGACCUGCUGCUACGUUGAGGGAAACAGGCUGCGUGUGUAUGUUUGUGUGUAUGUGGCGAGUGAGGGAGAGGGAGAGAGAGAGAGAGAGCGAGAGAGAGAGAGAGAGAGAGAGAGAGAGAGAGAGAGAGAGAGAGAGAGAGAGAGAGUUGUCUGGUCAGACGCAGUAGCAGCAGACGUGCCCGCUCCCGUCUCCCCCUCUCUCUCCUCUCACACACUCUCGGGAGCAGCGCUUUGACGCACCACGCUCACUUGGAUUAUAGUAUUGCGCGCUGGUCUUUCACGAGGCUUUUUUCCUCCCUCACGCUGCCUUCACCCUUACCACUGACCGGCAAUCGAUACAUGAUCGGGAUCAAUAUCUCUCCUCCACGGUGACCUCUGCUGAGCUUUUGGGGGUACCGAGCGCUGCUGCUUCCUCUCCGGACUCGUGUUGUGAAUUAAUAACCCAGACAGCCUCACCUGGAGUGUGUGUAUGCACUAAAGUGUAUGUGAGAGUGUGUUUCCCGGGAUCAGAUCAGGGUGUUCCACCGGCUUGGGUCCGCAUACGCACGCACACAAGCACAGCACACCGGGGGGAUUUGGGCACCGCAUGCCGGGGACAUGUGGAAGUUUGCGCCGCUGUAGCGCAGCCAGAGAGCCGGUCCACCGCCUCUCAGAGGUCCUCUCUCCCUGCUCAGGGGGACCAUAUUUCCAGUUCACAGCUCCAACACACCGAAACACCUCUUAGAAGACCCAAAUGUAAAACCAGAACGAGAAAUUUCACAAAAACACGUCUGCAAAGGGAGGACAGCGCGAAGAAGGACGGAGUCCCGCUGUGUACAUAGUUUUGUGAGCUCUUUCGGGAAUUUCGGGGCUUUUAUUUUUUAACGCCCUUGUUGUAUUGUCUCACUUUUUGUGGGUUUCAUAUUGGCCCCCACUUGCCGCAGUGAUGGUGGGAGCUGUGAGCCCCGUUAGCCGCUCCUCGGUGACUGCGCCGGGGCUGCUGGUUGCUGUUGUGGUCCUGGUCCUGUCCGGCGGAGCGGACGGCCAGCCCUGCCCGACACAGUGCUCCUGCACCGGGACUACAGUGGACUGUCACGGCCAAGGGCUCCGUAGCGUGCCCAGGAACAUACCCCGCAACGCGGAGAGACUGGAUCUGAAUGCGAACAACCUCACCAAAAUCACCAAGGCGGAUUUUGCAGGACUGCGACAUCUGCGAGUGUUGCAGCUAAUGGAGAACAAAAUCACCACCAUUGAGAGAGGAGCCUUUCAAGACCUGAAGGAGCUGGAGAGACUGCGCCUGAAUCGGAAUAAUCUGGCUGUCUUCCCUGAGCUGCUUUUCCUGGGAACGACGAAACUUUACAGACUGGAACCUCAGCGAGAACCAGAUCCAGGGGGUUCCACGGAAAGCCUUCAGAGGAGCUGUGGAGAUCAAGAACCUCCAGUUAGACUACAACCACAUCAGCUGUAUUGAAGAUGGAGCUUUUCGAGCGUUACGUGACCUGGAAGUGCUCACCCUUAACAACAACAACAUCAGCCGCCUCUCUGUGGCCAGUUUCAACCACAUGCCGAAGCUCAGGACCUUUCGUCUGCACUCCAACAACCUGCAGUGCGAUUGCCACGUGGCCUGGCUGUCAGAGUGGCUGCGACAACGCCCCCGUCUGGGUCUUUACACGCAAUGCAUGGCCCCACCGCACCUGAGGGGGCACAAUGUGGCUGAGGUGCAGAAGAAGGAGUUUGUCUGUGCAGGUCACCAGUCAUCAUCAUCUUCCUCAUGCAGCGUGUUACAGUGCCCAGAGUCAUGCACCUGCAGUAACAACAUCGUCGACUGCAGAGGAAAGGGUUUGACAGAAAUCCCCACCAACCUGCCUGAAACCAUUACUGAGAUACGACUGGAGCAGAACGCCAUCAAGGUGAUCCCAGCUGGAGCCUUUUCUCCUUAUAAGAAGCUGCGCAGAAUAGACUUGAGUAACAACCAGAUAUCAGAGUUAGCAUCAGACGCCUUCCAAGGUCUACGCUCUCUCAACUCACUGGUGCUAUAUGGGAACAAGAUCACAGAGAUUUCCAAAGGGCUGUUAGAGGGACUUUUUUCUCUGCAGCUAUUGUUACUGAAUGCCAAUAAGAUAGCGUGUCUCCGUGUGGACGCAUUUCAGGACCUCCACAACCUCAAUCUGCUCUCGCUGUACGACAACAAGCUCCAGACCAUCGCCAAGGGGACCUUCGCAUCUCUGAGAGCCAUACAAACACUUCACUUAGCCCAGAAUCCGUUUAUCUGUGACUGCCAUCUGAAGUGGCUUGCAGACUACCUGCAGGACAAUCCCAUUGAAACAAGUGGAGCCCGCUGCACCAGCCCUCGGCGGCUCGCCAACAAACGCAUUGGACAAAUCAAAAGCAAGAAGUUCCGCUGCUCAGGUACGGAGGAUUACCGCAGUAAGCUAGGAGGGGACUGCUUUGCCGAUUUAGCCUGCCCCGAGAAGUGUCGUUGUGAGGGCACCACGGUCGACUGCUCCAACCAGAAACUCACCAAAAUACCAGAUCACAUCCCUCAGUACACCGCUGAACUGCGUCUGAACAACAAUGAGUUCACUGUGCUCGAGGCGACGGGGAUCUUCAAAAAGUUGCCUCAGCUGAGGAAGAUCAACCUAAGCAACAACCGCAUCACUGACAUAGAGGAGGGGACGUUUGAAGGAGCCUCGGGGGUCAAUGAACUGAUUCUGACCUCCAACAAGCUGGAGAAUGUGCACCACCGCAUGCUGAAGGGACUUGCUGGCCUCCGCACACUCAUGCUGAGGAGUAACCGCAUCAGUUGUGUGAGUAACAGUAGCUUCGUUGGGCUGAGCUCAGUGCGACUGCUCUCACUCUACGACAACCAGAUCACGUCCAUGAACCCGGGAGCCUUCGACACGCUGCACUCUCUGUCCACACUCAAUCUUCUGGCCAAUCCCUUCAACUGUAACUGUCACCUGGCUUGGCUCGGUGAUUGGCUGAGAAGGAAGCGCAUCGUCACUGGUAACCCUCGCUGUCAGAAUCCGUAUUUCCUAAAAGAGAUUCCCAUCCAGGAUGUAGCUGUCCAGGACUUUGCCUGUGAGGAGGGUAACGAGGAAAACAGCUGCUCUCCAGUACUGAGAUGUCCAGCAGAGUGUUCCUGUCUGGACACUGUGGUGCGCUGCAGCAACAAGGGUCUCACGACUCUGCCUAAAGGCUUGCCUAAGGAGACCACUGAACUGUACCUGGAUGGUAACCACUUCACUCAAGUUCCUCUGGAGCUCUCCAAUUACAAACACUUAACACUCAUUGAUUUGAGUAACAACCAGAUCAGCACGUUGUCCAACCACAGCCUCAGUAACAUGUCCGAGCUGCUUACCCUAAUCCUAAGCUACAACCGCCUGCGGUGCAUCCCAGUGAGGGCGUUCGAUGGACUCAAGUCUCUCCGUUUGCUAUCUCUCCAUGGUAACGACAUAUCAGUAAUACCAGAGGGGGCCUUCAAAGACCUGUCGUCGCUCUCCCACCUGGCUCUGGGUGCCAACCCUCUGUACUGCGAUUGCCACAUGCAGUGGCUGUCAGACUGGGUGAAGAGUGGCUACAAGGAGCCUGGCAUUGCCCGCUGUGCCGGCCCCGGUGACAUGACAGACAAACUGCUACUCACCACACCUUCCAAAAAGUUUACAUGCACAGGUCCAGUAGAAAUUAGCAUCCAAGCUAAGUGUGAGCCCUGCCUGUCCAACCCCUGCAAGAAUGACGGCACCUGCUCCAACGACCCUGUCAACUACUACCGCUGCAACUGCCCAUAUGGAUUUAAGGGUCAAAACUGCGAGGAGCCAAUUCAUGCCUGUAUCAGUAACCCAUGCCAGAAUGGAGGCACCUGCCACCUAAAAGAAGGAGAAGGAAGCAACUUUUGGUGUGUGUGCCCUGAGGGUUUUGAAGGCGACGCAUGUGAGAUCAACAUCGACGACUGCGAAGAUAACGACUGUGAGAACAACUCCACCUGCGUUGAUGGGAUCAACAACUACACAUGCAUGUGUUCUCCAGAAUACACAGGGGAGCUUUGCGAAGAGAAACUGGAUUUUUGUGCCCCAGAGCUGAACCCAUGUCAGCACGACUCAAAGUGCAUUUUGAUCCUUAAGGGAUACAAGUGUGAGUGCACUCCAGGCUAUGUAGGUGAGCACUGUGAGCUGGACCAAGAUGACUGUGAAGAGAACAAGUGUCAGAACGGAGGACAGUGCAUUGAUGCGGUCAAUGGAUACACCUGUGUCUGUCCUGAGGGAUAUAGUGGAUUGUUCUGUGAAUUCGCUCCCCCAAUGGUCCUUCCUCGCACCAGCCCCUGCGACAACCACGAGUGCCUCAACGGAGCACAGUGUGUCGUCGUGGGAACAGAUCCCCAAUGUCAGUGUCUCCAUGGGUACGAGGGUGAGCGAUGCGAGACGCUCGUCAGCGUAAACUUUGUCAACCGCGAGUCCUACCUGCAACUUCCCGCCAGUCACCUCUCACCGGACACCAACAUUAGUCUACAGAUUGCUACAGAUGAGGACAGUGGUGUGUUGCUGUACAAAGGCGACAAUGAUCACAUCGCCAUGGAGUUGUACAGAGGACGCCUCAGGGUCAGCUAUGAUACCGGAUCCUACCCUCCCUCUGCUAUAUACAGUGUGGAGACAGUGAAUGAUGGGAGCUUCCAUGCUGUGGAGUUGGUGGCAUCAGACCAGACUUUGUCCCUGUCCAUCGAUGGCGGGCCGCCCAAAUCCAUCAACUCUAUCAGCAAACAGUCAACACUGAACAUAGACUCACCACUUUACCUUGGAGGUAUGCCAGAACGUGCGUCAGUCUCGGGGGGUCUCUCGUCCCUGCAGCACAGCACAGGGGGGCGUAACGGCAGCAGCUUCCAUGGCUGCCUCCGUAACCUUUAUAUCAACGGAAAGCUCCAAGACCUGGGGGCCGGGCUAGGGUCAGGUUCAGGGACCGCGCAGAGCACCAACAGACAGUGGCUGGGUCAUGGGGUGGAGCCAGGCUGCCAGCCCUGCCAAAGAGGCGCCUGUGUCCAGGGUGACUGCCACCCAACAGGGCAUCGAGGCUUUACCUGCACCUGCCACCCCGGGUGGACAGGAACACUGUGUGACCAGCAAGUCAACAACCCCUGUGAUGGCAACAAGUGUAUACACGGUACCUGUCUUCCAAUCAACUCGUACUCAUACUCCUGCCGCUGUCAGCCUGGUUUUGCUGGUGUCCUCUGUGAUGAGCAGGACCAUGACACAGCAAACCUCUGCAGUCUGUCUCGCUGUAAACAUGGCAAGUGCAGAGUGUCGGGCCUGGGCAAAGCAUACUGCGAGUGUAACAGUGGAUACACAGGAGAGGCCUGUGACAGAGAGGUGGCCUGCCGAGGGGAACGGGUCCGAGAUGUCUACCAGAGACAGCAAGGCUACGCGGCGUGCCAAACCCAGGAGAAGGUCUCCCGUCUAGAGUGUCGGGGCAGCUGCCAGGGGGGAGCAGAAGGACAGGGCACCUGCUGCACCCCCCUCCGCAGCAAACGCAGGAAAUACACCUUCCAGUGCACUGAUGGCUCUUCUUUUGUCCAGGAAGUGGAGAAGGUGGUCAAGUGUGGCUGUACAAAAUGUUCCUCAUAAAAAAAGAAAAAUAGAAAAAAGAGACAACACCCACAGCAGAUUUCCUCCUCUACAGAUAUGUUUUAUGUUCCUGCCCGCCUUACUUGAUCCUCGUCUCCCUUGUCCAAGGUGUCGGACUCCUUCUGAGAAAAGCCUCCACCCUCCACAGCCCUGUUUUUUAUAAAUCCUUAAAAAAGGCAAAAAACAAGAGAAACAACGAAAAAAAGAGUUUCUUUUCUUGUCAGUGCUGGACUGAUGCUCGAUGCUUCCUCGGUGGGGAUGUUGAAUUGUAUUGUAAAGUACAAAAACAGACUUAUUUUUUAUUAUGAAGUGGAGAAAAAGACAAAAAAACACAAGAGUUGACUUUUUCCUUGCGUCUACUUCUUUUUGUUGGUCAUGAUGACUCCAGUGGUGUGCCACACUGUCUCUUCCCUCCGGAGGACUGACCGGUCUCUCGUGGCGGAUCGCUUCCUGUAGACUCCCUACUUCCUGUCUGUGAGUUGUGUGUUUUAGGAGUAACCUUAACUGGUAGUACCACAGACUCACCACUAGGAGGAGCUGCAUUAAGGCCUGGGGAGACAGAGGGCAGUGAAAACCCCCUACCACACAAGAAACCACCACUGUCGACCUCCUGAACCCUCUGAGACUGUGUGCACGAUCCUACACACAGCUGUGCUCAAAACUUGUGGUAUUUUUUACAGCUACUGAACAACACAAACACACACACACACAUACACACAAUUGCUCUCACCUGUAGAACGUAUACAUAUUACCUGCCAGAUUAAAAACACUACUCUCUGUUUAUCUCCCCCAGUCAUGAAUGACAAGUAUUUAUUGUACCAUAAAUACCUGUACUUAUUCAGUAGAACCCCUAUGUACCAAUCUGAUUCUUUUAAUAUAUAUUAAUUUAUAUUUGUCCUUAUUUUUGUAUUAAAAAGACAUAAUCUGUCAAGAUAGCUGAACUAACAAAAUGGUGUCCUUUAUUUUGGUUGAAGAGAAGUUGUUUUUUUGAUCACUGAAACUAUUGUGCUUGCCAGAGACCUUAGUUACAUUUUAAUCUGCAAAUGUGACGUGAAGACAUUGUAUAUUUUUGUCGCGUUCCUGAGAGUUUGUACUGUGCCAUUACCAGAAGGUCUUUAUAUUAGAGUAUAAAUGUAUAGAUAAUUUCCCUACUUAUGUAUUUCACACACAGAUCUUGUGAGUAGCAUUGACCCUAGAGGAUGCUUAGAACUGUUUUUACCUUUUUAACAAAUUUAUGCUCAAAGAAUACUGUGACUUUUUCUAAAUGAAACUACUUUGUUAGCCCCUUGGUCUCCGACGUAACAUUGUUGCUGCUAAGUUUUUUGUACCGUAGACUUGGAUCCUGAUCUGUAUGUUAUAUAGAACUUCCUGCUCCUACUGUAAAGGGGCACCUUGUGUAACAGAUAAAUAUGUCCCCCCCCCCCCCACCUCUACACAUGUGCAUUGUGCUUUAUAUUUCCCCCUCUCUCCAUCCCCAGACUAAUGUCAGUUCCCUGACUGAUGUUUGUUUAUUAAACACAAUAUUUACCUCACA